AGAUGAAUAUCCGCUGCGCAAAGCCCGAAGAUCUGAUGAACAUGCAGCACUGCAAUCUGCUCUGUUUGCCGGAAAAUUACCAGAUGAAGUACUACUUCUAUCACGGUCUCACAUGGCCCCAGGUCAGUUAUGUGGCGGAAGAUGAUAAGGGUAACAUCGUUGGAUACGUGCUGGCAAAGAUGGAGGAACCGGAACCGGGUGAGGAGAGCACUCACGGGCACAUUACGUCGCUGGCGGUUAAACGCUCGUACCGUAGGCUUGGCCUUGCGCAGAAGCUAAUGAACCAAGCGUCCAAAGCGAUGGUGGAAUGUUUUAACGCCCAGUACGUGUCGCUGCACGUGCGCAAAUCGAAUCGAGCCGCACUGAAUCUGUACACCAACUCGCUCGGCUUUAAGAUAUUGGAGAUUGAGCCAAAGUACUACGCGGAUGGGGAGGACGCAUAUUCGAUGCGUCGUGAUCUUUCCGAGCUGGUCAACAGUGGAUCGAACGAGCGACCACCAACGGAACGGAAUGCGAUCACCGAUGGAGAUGACCGGGUGAUAACAAACCAUAGCAAGGUGGUGGGCGGUGGGUCUCAUGCCGGACACGAUGGACAUUGUUGCUAG